AUGGUUGUUGGUGAACUGUUUCUUGGCGCAUUCAUCACUGUGUUGUUUGAGAAGCUGGCCUCUGGUGACUUGAAGAGGCUUGCUCGAUCUGCAGGUAUUAUUUCUGAGCUGGAGAAAUGGAACCACAAAUUGGCCCAGAUCCAAGCUGUCCUUGUUGAUGCAGGCCGAAAGCACAUAACACUCUUUGCUGUUCAAUUGUGGCUGAACAAACUCCAGCAAUUGGCUUAUGACAUAGACGAUGUACUUGAUGAUUUGGCCACCGAAGCUAUGCGGCUCCAAUUGAAUCAACAAUCCAAUGCCAUCACCAGCACUAAUAAGGUAUCGAAGAUUAUCCAAAACAAAUUUCAUUAUAUUAAAUUUGGUCAUAAGAUGAGUUAUAAGUUAGAUGAGAUAACAUCCAAACUGGAUGCUCUGGUUGAAGAGAAAAAUAUCUUGGAUUUGAAUGAUAAUGUUCAAAGAUCAGAUAGAAAAAGAUCAGAAGAAACUUCACUGGUUGAUGUAACCAGCGUUGUGGGUCGGGAAGGGGAUAAAGAGCUAUUGCUGGGGAAGCUGUUGGGAAAUGAAUCAUGCAGUCGGAACUUUAGUGUCGUGUCCAUAGUUGGGCUGGGUGGGAUUGGCAAAACCACUCUUGCUCAAGUUUUGUACAAUGAUAAGAAAGUGAAUGAUUAUUUUGAACUCAAGUCAUGGGUUUGUGUUUCUGAUGAGUUUGAUGUGUUUAGUAUUAGCAUGGCUAUUUUUAUAGAUGUGGGUGGGGUGGAUACGAAUUUUAAAACUCUGAAUCAGGUUCAAGUGGCUCUUUCGGAAAAACUCUCCCAGAAAAAGUUCCUGCUUGUUUUAGAUGAUGUCUGGAAUGAAGACAACAAUCAGUGGGAACUUCUACAACGCCCUUUUUCUGUAGGAGCACCUGGAAGUAAAAUUAUUGUCGCAACGCGGAAGAACAAAGUUGCAACAAUUAUGGACUCCAUUCAUGUUUACGCUUUGGAACUCAUGUCAAAUGAAGAAUCUCUGUGUUUGUUUGCCCAACAUGCGUUGGGUAAACAAAAUUUCAAUUUGCAUCCGACACUUAGGUUGUUUGGAGAAGGUAUCCUGAAGAAAUGCAAUAGAUUACCGUUGGCCUUGAAAACACUUGGAAGGGUGUUGAGAACAAAAUCAAGUGAUGAAGAAUGGGAGGAGUUGUUAAAUAGUGAGAUCUGGAAUUUACCCAAUGAAGGUCAUAUUCUUCCUGCCCUAAGACUAAGUUACUAUGAUCUCCCUCCACAUUUGAAGCAAAUGUUUGCUUAUUGCUGCUUAUUUCCAAAGGAUUACGUGUUUGGCAAGGACGAACUUGUCCUUCUCUGGAUGGCAGAAGGCUUUUUGUACCACUCAAAUGGCCGGAAGUCAAUGGAGAGUUUAGGUAGCGAGUGUUUUGAAGAGCUAGUGUCGAGAUCAUUUUUUCAGCAUUCAGCUAAUAAUGAAUCACAUUAUACAAUGCACGAUCUCAUUAGUGACCUGGCAACAAGUGUUGCCGGAGAGUUCUUUUUUAUGUUGGGUGAGAAGAAUGCCGUUAACUGCAGAAAUGUAGCUCUGGAGAAGCUCCGCCACUUUUCGUUUAUUCGUCAAAAAUAUGAAAUAUGGAGCAAGUUCAAGGCAAUACACACAGCCAAGCACUUGCGAACAUUCUUACCAGUGUCAUCGGGAAGGAUAGAUAGAUGGGAAAGUUACCGCUUAUCAAGUAAGGUCCUUACGGAACUACUUCCCCAACUACAGUUUUUAAGGGUGCUGAGCCUAGCUAAUUAUAGAAUCAUUGUGGUACCACAGUCAAUUGGCAGCCUCAAACAUUUGCGGUGCCUCAACUUAUCUAAAACUCGCAUCACAUGUUUACCGGAACAAGUCGGUAACUUGUACAACCUACAAAGCUUGUUGCUUUCUGGUUGUUUCAUGUUAUCUAGCUUGCCAGAUAGUCUCAUAAAACUGAUAAAUCUGCGACAUCUUGAGAUCACAUUUACUCCAAAGUUGAAAGAGUUGCCCAUGGGGAUUGGUGGAUUGACUGGUCUACAAACUUUAUCCAAAGUUACUAUUGGAGAUGGCGAUGGGUUCAAAAUAUCCCAUCUUAAGGACCUACAACAUCUUCAGGGCCGACUUACCAUUGAAGGACUGCAUAAAGUGAAAAAUUCAAUCAGCGCAAAGGAAGCCAACUUACAGCAAAAGAAGCGUCUUCAUGAUUUGGAUAUGGCCUGGGGUAAUGUCUUUGAUAGUUCUCGGAAUGAGUUGAUUGAGUGUGAAGUGCUUGAAGGACUAAGGCCUUUUGAGAAGUUGACCAACAUCAAGAUAAGUAACUACAUGGGAACAAAAUUUCCUAGUUGGCUUGGGGACACCGCAUAUGAUUGCUUAACCCAGAUUACGUUAUGUGGCUGUAGAAGUUGUACAUUGUUACCAACACUUGGGGAUCUACCGUUACUUAAGAAGCUGUUUGUUUGGAGCAUGAAUGGGUUGAAGAGGGUGGGCUCAGAGUUACUUGGAACUGCAAAUGGUAAUGCAUUUCCAUCACUUGAAGUUUUGGAAUUUGAGGAUAUGGCCGGUUGGGAGGAAUGGUCAACUCUAAAUGGUGGUGGCAAAGAUGGAACAGCUACAUCAUUUCCUUGUCUUAUUGAAAUUUCUAUCAUAAACUGUCCGAAACUGGGUGUAUUGACAAUUGAGCCAAUACAUUCACUUCGGGUUGUACAUGUAGAAAGAUGUUCAGCAAUGGUGUUAAACAGCAUGAUCGGUGUGUGUUCGACAAUUACUAGUUUGACAGUGAAAAAAGUCAAUGGACUUACUACUCAGCUAGAUGGAAAAGUAUUAGAGCAUCUUGGGGCACUCGAAUAUCUAAGCAUUACAGAGUGCAACGAACUCAUAUACUUGUGGGAAUCAGAAGAAGAAGCAUGCAAGAUUCUUGUGAAUUUACAAAGGUUGAAAGUAGAGGGGUGUAACAACUUGGUAAGAUUGGGAGAGAAAAAGGUGGAUCUGGUGACUCCCAAGGAAUCUAUUAGAAGUGUAAGUUUUAAUAAUUGUGAGAGAUUGGAGGAUUACAAAUGUUCGAAUAGUAUUGAAAAAUUAUGGAUAAAUCGUUGUGAUUCAGUCACAUCAUUGACCUUCCCAGCAGUGGACUUGCCAUCAUCCACUUUUAUCAUUCUUGUAAUUGAACGAUGUAAGAAUAUGGAGGUGAAUUGGCUUGGGAGCAGCUUUUUGUCAUCACUUACAUCUCUUCACUUAGUUGCAAUUCCAAAUCUGAGGUUGUUACCAGAAGGAGGAUGCUUACUUCAUCUGACGGACUUGAUAAUUUUGGGAUGUGAAAACAUAGAAUCCAUUCCACAUAAAGGUUAUGGUUUUCGUCCCCAUCUUUGCUUAAUAUCUCUUUCAAUCUAUGGUUGCGAGAAUAUAAAGUCAUUUCCACAUGAGCUGUUGCCAAGUCUCACAUCUUUGAAAAUUAUGUGUAUAAGGAAUUGUCCAAGAAUGGACUACUCGUUUCCUGGUGGUUUGUGGCCUCCUAAUUUAUGUUCUCUAUCAAUAGGAGGAAUAAAGAAGCCGAUUUCAAAGUGGGGAAUGCAGAAUUUCCCAAACUCACUUGCACAUCUAACGUUAGAUGGUUUUAAUUCAGGAGGAGCGGUUUCAUUUGCAAAUGCAGAAACUACCAGCAGCAAUACUGCUUCAUCAUCAUGUUCAUUCUUACUUCCAACAUCUCUAACUUCUGUAUGUGUUCGAGAUUUUGAGGAACUGGAAACAGUUUCAAAAGGAAUGCAACACCUCACCUCCCUUGAACUUCUUUCUAUCUCCAACUGCCGGAAGCUAAGAGAUCUGCCAGAGACACUACUCCCUUCUCUUUCAAGUUUGUGGGUGAGUGACGUUUCCCAGGAACUGAGAAAAAAGUGUAGUAGUGAUGGAAGAAAAGCAAAGUAUUGGCCCAUCAUCUCCCAAAUCCCUGACGUGGCAAUCCCUGAUUGA